CCGUUGCUCAUCUCAAGUUGACUCCUGCUGCAAAAGAGAGAGUUUUAGCCUUCAAGAAGCUUGAUCACGAGAUUAGAAGUUUUCAAGUUGCCACCCAAGAUUCACAGGAAGUAUCCUCCGCAUCUGCCACAAUGUCAAGCGCUGGAAAAUCUGCUAAGUCUGCUUCAAAAUUUGGCGUUGAAGAUCUGUCCAACGUCAAACCUUCAAGGAGGAAGAAUCCUGCCAGCCCGAGUACCUCUGUCCCCAAGGCACCUGUCAGGGGUAAAGGAAAGAAGAGAAAGGCCUCUGAGGAUCUACAAGGCCUGCCCCUGCUUCGCCAACAGUUUCUGGACUACUUCAACGAGAAAUUUGCUGAAAUAGAAACUUAUGUUGGCCACGUCGAGGAUCAAGAUCGCCAAAUUGCUGACCUCCAACAGAUGGGUGUGCUGAAGGAUCUCAAGAUUGCUGAUCUUGAGAAGGAGCUCCGGGCCACCAAGGAUAAAGCUGCCAGGAUGCUGAUCAAUUUUGAUUAUGAGAAGCAUGACAUUACCCAGGAUGCCAAGGUCUCUGCUGUGAUAACCAUGUAUAAGAUCCAGCUGCAGAUAGCUGCGGAGGCUCAGGAUCCUUCCUUCGACAAGAGCACAUGGGACGUGGAGGGCUGGAAGGCGAGGCUGGCAGAGUUGGAGGAUGAUGAGGAGGCUGAGGAGAUCCCAAUGAUUGAAGGUGGUGAUGCUGGCAAGGAUCAGGGGGAAGCAAGUGGAGCUGGUGGUGAUGGUGCAGCGAAGGUUUGAGCUGCAGAAUUGGGCGAUGAAGGAAACUUCUAGACAUAGCCGGAGCCCAAUUUUUAAUUUUGGUAGUGGUUUCUUUUGUGGUUGUGAUGUUUUAAACAAUGAUGGUCUGUAACUUUAAACAAUAGUUUUAGGAUUAGGGAUCCAGGAUCCUUCAGACAAUAGGUAGGAUUGCAAAUGGUGGAGGGAUCCUCUGUUUGGGGGAUGAAGCCAUUGUGAUCCUGCCGCCUUUAUAUCCCUGCAUAACUUUUGAACCUAUUAUCAUGGACACCCUUUACCUACCCCAGCGGACGGGCCACGUAUUGCUGGUAGAUGCUCGGGGUAGGUAAUUUUGUCAACCUUUGAAGGGUUACUCCUUUCGUUUAUAAAUAAAAUCUUAAACUUUUGUCGCU